UUGACAGAUACAAUGGUACACUUGAAGAAGCUGGAACACCUGUUCCAAAAAGACCGAAAUGCUCACACUCUGUGAAGCUGUUGACAAAGAGGAAAAAAAUCUGGCAAAGCGUUAUGCAGAAGCAAAAUCAGAAAACGUUCAACGCCAAAAACAGAUGGACUUGGCUAAGAAUUUAAUUUUGCAAGGUGAAGACAAGGUUCAGAUGGUGGCACAGCAACAGGUGCAGCUUGAAAGCCAGCAAAAAAAUGUCUUUGAGUUAGACAGCCUGAUUAAGG